UCUCAUCGCGUCACAUUGAUGCGGAUUUGAACUCAGUUCCGUCAAAGUUUCAAUCGAGAGAAUCAACGUGAGCAGCUUCGGUCAUCUGCUGUUUGUUUUUGUUUGCUUGUUUGUUUGCUUGUUUUUAUUUUUGUGUGUUUGUUUGAGUGAUUAAUUGAUGACGUCACGCUGACGCUCCAGAACUCUAACCUGUGGACCGAUUCACGGAGCUCUGGCAGAACCAGCUCCCAGUCUCCUCAGGACCUGAUCCCAGUGACCUCUGUCCCAGCCCCAAUCAUGAGCAUCCAGCCCCGCAGGAUCCGUCUGAAGCCUUGGUUGCUGGCUCAGGUGAACAGCGGCAGGUAUCCUGGUCUACAAUGGCUCAGUCCAGAGCACCGACUGUUCCAGAUCCCCUGGAAACACGCUACACGCCACACACCAACGUCGGAGGAGGAAAACACCAUCUUCAAGGCGUGGGCUCUGGAGACAGGUAAGUAUCAGGAUGGCGUGGAUGAACCCGACCCCGCCAAGUGGAAAGCAAACCUUCGCUGUGCUCUGAACAAGAGCCGCGAGUUUCAGCUGAAGUACGAUGGAACCAAAGAAACACCUGUCCAACCUUUCAAGAUCUACGAGGUGUGCGAGCAGCCAGGGAGCACGGAGGGUGGUGAUGAAGAUGAAGAGGAGAUGCCGAACCUGAUGGAGCUGACAAUCAACCCAGGGACCACUAACUCCCCCUCCUUCAACUUCAUGGCUGCUUCAGAGGUGUCUCAGUUCAGAUUGUCCUCCAGCGGGGCAUUUGCAUCUCCACCUGUCCUCGGCAUGACCUCCGAUCUCCCAAUGACCUCAGACCUCCCAAUGACCUCAGACCCCAACAUGACCUCUGACCUCCCGAGGCGAGUGGUGCAUCAGGGGUCCUUUGUCUGUCCUCCAGGUCUUCAGGACCUGAACUCUCUGGUCCCCCUGGUUGCUUCUGACCCCUCCGGGCCAGCCUCUAUGGAGACCAGCGACGUCGGGGGAGUCCAGACUCAGGGAGACCCUCAGAACCAACCCUACAAGUACGACCUGCUAAGCAGCGUCCCAUUGACAGAUCUGGAUCUGAAGUUCCAGUACCGGGGCCGCACGGUGGGCUCUCUGACGGUCAGUAACCCUCAGGGCUGCAGGCUCUACUUCGGACACCUGGAGCCGACCCCGGAGCAGGUGGAACUGUUCGGACCCGUCACUCUGCAGCAGGUCAGAUUUCCGGGGACGUCUGAGAUCCAGAACCAAAAGCAGCGGUUCUACACGGAGGCUCUACUGGACGUGAUGGAUCGCGGUCUGAUCCUUGAGAUCUGGGAGCAGGACAUCUACGCUAUCCGCCUCUGUCAGUGUAAGGUGUUCUGGUCUGGACCUGGCGUGCCGGAUCAGGGUCCACCAAACCCCAUGGAGAGGGAAAAGAAGAUCAAGGUGUUCAGCCUCAACCACUUCCUGCAAGAGCUGAUCCAGUUCCAGAAGGGAGAGGCUCAGAACCCGCCUCCCUUUGAAAUCUACUUCUGCUUUGGGGAGGACUGGCCUGACAAGAAACCCAGAGAGAAGAAGCUCAUCAUGGUCCAGGUGGUCCCUGUGGUGGCUCGGAUCCUGACGGAGAUGUUCUCUGGAGAACUCAGCUGGUCCACGGACAGCAUCCGCCUGCAGAUCUCAAACCCUGACGUUAAGGACCAGACGGUAGAGCAGUUCAAGGAGCUGCAGAGGCUCCUGCAGAGCCAGCACAUCCAGGGACCCUGGACCCCCGCUGGCCCCUGAACGCCUGGACUCUGAUGGGGUGCAGACAGCUGUCCUGCCUCGAUGUCGUCACAGAGCUGGUCCAGAAGGAUCUACAAAGUCUCUGUACCCUCUACACCUUCCUUUCAUGACCUCAUACAGUAUUGAUCCUGAUCAGUACUGGCAUUGAUCAGGUCUUUUCACCCUGACCUCCGUCUGCAGGUUCAGAUUUUGGUGUCACACUGGGUCCUCUCAGACAGGUUUUAAUGUGACUUCACCAUUCCAGAAACGUUCCUCUCUCUGAGUUUGUUCAGCAUUUCAACAAAUGCCACUCAGUAUUCAGCCAGCUGGUUUUUUACAGGAGAUGCACAGGAAGUGUGUGACGGACCAGUCCUGCUGAGACCUGGUCUACGGGAGUCCAGAAGCCAUGAUGAAACUGCUCCAUUUAAAAUUCAUUAACCAGCUUUAAUCAAAAUAAUCUGCCGAUUCUGAUUUUUUAAUUCCCCCGGUGAGAUGAUCCUGCUCGUGACCAGCAAUAAAUAAUAAUGGUCAGUGAAUUAACCGAUCAUUAAACUCACGUGAUUCAUGGUUCAAUAUUUCCAGCUUUUUCUGAAUAAACAGAAACUAUAAAUCUGA